CUCAAGAACGGACUUUCUGGGUGGUAAUAUCCAGAAACUCCACUUCUCUUGGGUCCCUUUUAGCUCAACUGAUGCCCAGGAGAGAGUCUGUACGUCACCACUUAUCUAUUACCUUCUUUCCACCGCCUUCCCCAGCCACCGCGGGAGCCGCGGGCGCCUGGUUACUAUGGCAACCGCGACCAGCCCGCAGCCAGCUCUGCUGCGACACUGACUUCUCCAACCUCAGCUGAGAUGCCGUGGUGAGAACCGACAGUGAGGCAGAAGCCAGCAUCUCAUUCCUUCUUCACUAUUCUCAUCAUGAAUUUCCGGACCCUGAGAGGACUGGGGGUAAGGGACAAGGAAUGAACAAGAGCCUCCGGAUGCUAACCUCCUGUGGGAUUCCAGCUGCAAGUGGAGCGUGCAACACUUAAGUUGUGUGCAGCCAUUCCAGCGGCACCUGUGUUCUGAGGACUGACUGACCCUGGGAAGGCAGACACUCGCCGCCGAUGGAGAAGAUGCUGCUUUGAAGCUCUCAUUGAUUAAGGUGACAGUGUCAGGUGGAUCAACUGCCAUCCCACUGCCCCGUCUGUUGGGCAGUGCUGAGAGUGGGGAAGCAUGGAAGAGAAGAAGCAUGAGACCACGAACCAAGCUCAUGUCCUCUUUGACCGGUUUGUCCAAGCCACUACCUGCAAGGGAACCCUCAAGGCCUUUCAAGAACUCUGUGACCACCUGGAACUGAAGCCUAAAGACUACCAUUCCUUCUAUCACAAGCUCAAGUCCAAGCUUAACUACUGGAAAGCCAAAGCUCUCUGGGCAAAGUUGGACAAACGGGGCAGUCACAAAGACUAUAAAAAGGGAAAAGCAUGCACUAACACUAAGUGUCUCAUCAUUGGAGCUGGCCCCUGUGGUCUCCGCACAGCCAUUGAUUUAUCCUUAUUGGGAGCUAAGGUGGUGGUUAUUGAGAAGCGAGAUGCCUUUUCCCGCAACAAUGUCUUACAUCUCUGGCCCUUCACCAUACAUGAUCUUCGAGGUCUGGGUGCCAAGAAGUUCUAUGGCAAGUUCUGUGCUGGAGCCAUCGAUCAUAUCAGUAUACGUCAACUCCAACUAAUACUUUUGAAAGUAGCCUUGAUCCUAGGCAUUGAAAUACAUGUCAAUGUAGAAUUCCAAGGACUUGUACAGCCUCCUGAGGAUCAAGAAAACGAACGGAUAGGUUGGCGGGCACUGGUGCACCCCAAAACUCAUCCUGUAUCAGAGUAUGAAUUUGAAGUGAUCAUUGGUGGGGAUGGCCGUAGGAACACCUUGGAAGGAUUUCGCCGGAAAGAAUUUCGUGGCAAACUGGCUAUUGCCAUUACAGCAAAUUUUAUUAACCGAAAUACAACAGCAGAAGCCAAAGUGGAAGAGAUCAGUGGUGUGGCUUUCAUAUUUAACCAAAAAUUUUUCCAGGAGCUACGAGAAGCCACAGGUAUUGAUUUGGAGAACAUCGUCUACUACAAAGAUGACACGCACUAUUUCGUUAUGACAGCCAAAAAGCAGAGUUUACUGGACAAAGGGGUGAUACUGCAUGACUAUGCUGACACAGAACUCUUGCUUUCCCGGGAGAACGUGGACCAGGAGGCAUUGCUAAACUAUGCCCGGGAGGCGGCUGACUUCUCCACGCAACAGCAACUACCCUCUCUAGAUUUUGCCAUCAAUCAUUAUGGGCAGCCUGAUGUGGCCAUGUUUGACUUCACUUGUAUGUAUGCCUCUGAGAAUGCAGCCUUGGUACGGGAACAGAAUGGACACCAGUUAUUAGUGGCUCUGGUUGGGGACAGCCUCCUAGAGCCUUUCUGGCCCAUGGGAACAGGAAUAGCCCGGGGCUUUCUAGCUGCUAUGGACUCUGCCUGGAUGGUACGAAGUUGGUCUCUAGGAACCAGCCCCUUGGAAGUCCUGGCAGAGAGGGAAAGCAUUUAUAGGUUGCUGCCUCAAACCACCCCUGAGAAUGUGAGCAAGAACUUCAGCCAGUAUAGCAUCGACCCUGUCACUAGGUAUCCUAAUAUUAAUGUCAACUUCCUCCGGCCAAGCCAGGUGCGCCAUUUAUAUGAUACUGGAGAAACGAAAGAUAUUCAUUUGGAAAUGGAGAACCUAGUGAAUUCCCGAACUACCCCAAAGUUGACUCGCAAUGAAUCUGUAGCUCGUUCAAGCAAACUGCUAAGUUGGUGCCAAAGGCAGACAGAUGGUUACGCAGGAGUAAACGUGACAGAUCUCACCAUGUCUUGGAAAAGUGGCCUGGCUCUAUGUGCAAUUAUCCACAGAUACCGUCCUGAUCUGAUAGAUUUUGAUUCUUUGGAUGAACAAAAUGUGGAAAAGAAUAACCAGCUGGCCUUUGAUAUUGCUGAGAAAGAACUGGGCAUCUCUCCCAUCAUGACAGGCAAAGACAUGGCCUCUGUUGGGGAGCCUGACAAGCUGUCCAUGGUGAUGUACCUGACUCAGUUCUAUGAGAUGUUUAAGGACUCACUCUCCUCUACUGACACCUUGGACUUGAAUGCUGAGGAAAAAGCAGUUCUGAUAGCCAGCACCAAAUCCCCUAUCUCCUUCCUGAGCAAACUUGGGCAGACUAUCUCUCGGAAGCGUUCUCCCAAGGAUAAAAAGGAAAAGGACUUGGAUGGAGCUGGAAAGAGGAGAAAAACUAGUCAAUCAGAGGAGGAGGAAACUCCCAGGGGCUACAGAGGAGAAAGACCAACACUGGUGAGCACCCUGACAGACAGGAGGAUGGAUGUUGCUGUUGGAAACCAGAAUAAAGUGAAGUACAUGGCAACCCAGCUGUUGGCCAAAUUUGAAGAGAAUGCGCCCGCACAGACUACUGGCAUAAGGAGACAGCCGACACAAGAGCGUGGGGUCAGCCAGCCGACCUGCUGCCUGCCUGAGCAGGGUCUCCCUGCUCCCAUCCCCCAGUGGAAACAGCGACGGGAAAAGGAACGUUCUCGGACCUGCCCAAAAAAAGUGAUCACACUUUCUCCUCCCCCUACUUCACCUGCCUGUCAGGUGCACAGUGAACAGCAGACAUACAGGGAUCUUGAUGCUGACAGCCGUGGCAAGCAGAGUCCCCGACAUGAGAGGACAGAGCCUGAACCUUCUCGUCGAUUUUUUGUUGACCAGUGGGAGCUUUCUCUUAGUCUCCGCUCCUCCAACCGCCCUGCCUCUCCCUCCUCCGACUCCCUUCGACAGAAGUAUAUAAAGAUGUACACGGGCGGAGUGAGCUCAUUGGCUGAGCAGAUAGCCAAUCAGCUUCAAAGGAAAGAGCAGCCCAAAAUCCUUCUAGACAAGAAGGAGCUGGGCUCCAUGAAGAAGGAGUUCCCACAGAAUUUGGGGGGCAGCGACACGUGCUAUUUCUGCCAGAAGCGGGUCUAUGUGAUGGAGAGACUGAGUGCUGAGGGCAAGUUCUUCCACCGGAGCUGCUUUAAAUGUGACUACUGUGCCACCACCCUGCGCCUCUCAGCCUAUGCCUAUGACAUUGAGGAUGGUAAAUUCUACUGUAAACCACACUACUGUUAUCGACUCUCUGGCUAUGCACAAAGGAAGAGGCCAGCUGUGGCUCCUCUGUCUGGAAAGGAGGCCAGAGGACCCCUGCAGGAUGGCCCCACUGCAGACACAAAUGGACGGGCCAGUACCAUCACCAGCUCGGCUGAGAGAACUCCAGGUUCCAGUGUAAAUGGCCUGGAGGAACCUAGCAUUGCCAAGAGGCUGAGGGGCACUCCUGAGAGAAUCGAACUGGAGAACUACCACCGGUCUGUGAAACGGGCAGAGGAGCUGGAGGAAGUACCUGAGGAAACGCAAGCCGAGCACAACCUGAGCAGCGUACUAGACAAGGGCACCGAAGAGGACGUGGCCAGCAGCAGUUCCGAGUCGGAAAUGGAGGAAGAAGAGGAAGAGGAAGAGGAGGAGGAGCAGCUGCCCACUUCUGACCUGGGUGGUGUUCCUUGGAAGGAGGCUGUAAGGAUCCAUGCUCUUCUGAAAGGGAGGAGUGAGGAAGAGUUAGAGGCCUCCAAGAGCUUUGAGCCUGGGGAGGGAGAAGAGGAGGAGGAAGAGGAAUAUGAAGAAGAAGAGGAGGAAGAAUAUGACGAAGAGGAGGAGGAGUCCAGUGAAGAAGGGGAGUAUUGCCCCUGGGACAGAGAACUCCUGCAAGGCCAGUGGCUCCAGCAUCUCUCAAAGGAAGAAGAAACGGGUACUUGUAAAGCUGGGAACCACAGGCUACAGCAGAUAAUAAAUCCAGCAGAUCCCUUGGCGAUCCAGGCUGAUGUGCACUGGACACACAUUCGUGAGAAAGAGGAGGAAGAAAGAAUGGUCCCAACCUCUGAAUCUUCCACUUCUAGAGCCCCAUUGGAUGAGAAUGACCUGGAGGAAGAUGUGGACUCGGAGCCAGCAGAGAUAGAAGGGGAGGCAGCAGAGGAUGGGGACCCUGGGGACACUGGUGCUGAGCUGGAUGAUGAUCAGCAUUGGUCUGAUGACAUCCCAUCAGAUGCUGAAAUGGAGCUUCGCUUGCGACGCCACCCUGAAGUAGAAGCAGAGUUAGAGCUGAGGGUAAUAGAAAAUGAGGAGGAAAAGCCAUCUGCCUUACCAGUGCAACAAGAAAGAGGUCCUUCUCAAGUCUCCAGCCCCGUCCAGUCCCCUCAGGAACAAGCCAUUCUUUCUACCCCAGCAUCUAGCCACAGAGCAGAGGGACCCCAAACCCCACUUGCCUCUGUUGCCACCAAGAUUAAAUCCCCUGAGGAGCGCUUUUUCCCUGACCCUCUGCUCCCCAAAGAGAAGCCCAAAGCUGAAGCUCCCCCGGAUCAGAAGACUGCACCCCCUCCCAUCCGGUCGCAGCCUGUAUCUCUGCCAGAACCAAGGACACCUACCUCACCUGUGAGCUCACAGUUUGUGGCUCAGGUGGCCCCUUCUGCAUCCCCUUCCACCCAGCUCCCUAUUUGCUCCCAGCCUCAGCCUUCCUCAGAGGCCACCAUCCCAUCCCCCACUGAGUCCCCCAUACGCUUCCAGCCUGUUCCAGCCAAAGCUUCUACCCCUUUGGUCCCCUUACCUGUGAAAAGCCAAGCUGAUCCCAAGAACAGACUGGACAGCCCUCUUGCUGUGGAUGAAGCCCUGAAACGGAGUGACCUGGUGGAGGAGUUUUGGAUGAAAAGCGCUGAGAUCCGCCGCAGUCUGGGACUCACACCUGUGGAGCGAAAGAAGGGGCCUGAGCCCAGCUUCCCCUCACCUGCCUUCAAGCCAGUAUCCCUAAAAUCCUUUUCAGUUGAGAAGUCCCCUCAGGAUGAAGGACUUCAUCUUCUGAAACCUCCAUCUGUUCCUAAAAGGCUGGGCUUGCCAAAGUCAGAUGGUGAGCAGCCCUCCCUGCUGACUCCCAAAUCUCCAUCUGACAGAGAGCUGAGAAGCUCCCAUGAAGAGCGGAGGGAUCUGUCCAGCAGCUCUGGCCUGGGCCUUCAUGGGAGCUCCUCAAACAUGAAGACCUUGGGCAGCCAGAGCUUCAACACCUCAGACUCCACCAUGCUCACCCCACCUUCAAGCCCACCACCACCCCCACCGCCAGAUGAGGAGCCCGCCACCCUCCAAAGAAAGCCCUAUCAGAUAUUUGAGCAUAAAGAAACUGAGCCAAAAUCCUCCAUUAUCCCACCUCCUCCACCUGCCACAUUUAUGCGGCCCCCACGAGAGCCUGCCCAACCCCCCAGGGAGGAAGUGCGGAAGUCAUUUGUAGAGAGUGUGGAUGAAAUCCCCUUUGCUGAUGAUGUGGAGGACACCUAUGAUGACAAAACUGAGGACUCAAGUCUGCAGGAAAAGUUCUUCACACCCCCUUCCUGCUGGACCCGCCCAGAGAAGGCCCUCCACCCACCCCUGGCCAAAGAGAAUGGACGGCUGCCUUCUCUGGAGGGUAGUGCCCAGCUGCAGAAGAGGGGACUGCCCUUGGUCUCUCCUGAAGCUAAGGAGCUGGCUGAGGAACGCAUGCGAGCCCGGGAGAAGUCUGUGAAGAGCCAGGCACUGAGAGACGCCAUGGCCAAGCAGCUGAGUAGGAUGCAGGAGAUGGAGAUGGCAGCUGGGGCCUCCAGAUCCCGCAAGGCUUCCUCAGCACCCUCCCAGAGCAAACAACUUUUGACAGAGUCCUCCAAACCCCCAGGUCUCAAAGGCUCUAAGGAGCCCACUCUGAAGCAUGAAGCCACUAGUGAGGAGGUCCUCUCCCCUCCAUCAGACUCAGGGGGCCCAGAUGGUUCUGUCACCUCUUCUGAGGGCUCCAGUGGGAAGAGCAAGAAGAGGUCAUCCCUCUUCUCCCCCCACAGAAACAAGAAAGAGAAGAAGUCCAAAGGGGAGGGCCGACCCACAGAGAAACCCAGCUCACGCCUUCCAGAGGAAGCAGCCACCAAACCCAAGUCCUUGUGGAAGUCCGUCUUUUCUGGGUACAAGAAGGACAAGAAGAAAAAGGGCGAUGAGAAGUCAUCCUCCAGCACCCCAUCCAGCGGAGCUACUGUGGACUCUGGCAAGCACAGGAUGUCUCCUAUUGUAAGAGCAGAGCUGCAGCUCCGGCGCCAGCUGAGUUUCUCGGAGGACUCAGACCUCUCCAGUGAUGACAUCCUUGAGAGGUCCUCCCAGAAGUCCAGGAGAGAGUUGAUUUAUGUACCACACGCCUUGGCAUUCAGGAGAUCCUAUUCAUCAAAGCCAAGAACCUACACAGAAGAAGAGCUGAAUACCAAGCUGACCCGGCGUGUGCAGAAGGCAGCUCGGAGACAGGCCAAGCAAGAGGAGCUCAAACGGCUCCACCGAGCCCAGAUCAUCCAACGGCAGCUGGAGCAGGUGGAAGAAAAGCAGAGGCAGCUGGAAGAGAGAGGGGUUGCAGUGGAGAAGGCACUCCGAGGUGAAGCAGACUAUUGGGGAGAGUCUUAUUACAGUGACCUCAUCGACUUGCAUCUGGGUGUUGAGCCCAGUGGCGGGACUCCACGGCGUAGACCUCUCUCCUUCUGCCCUUGCUGUGUCCAGGAAGGCAUGGGCAAGAAGGAUGACCCUAAGCUGAUGCAAGAGUGGUUCAAACUGGUGCAAGAAAAAAAUGCCAUGGUGCGCUAUGAGUCGGAGCUGAUGAUUUUUGCCCGAGAGUUAGAGCUGGAAGAUCGGCAGAGCCGACUACAGCAGGAACUGCGGGAGCGGAUGGCAGUGGAAGAUCACCUGAAGACCGAGGAGGAGUUGUCAGAGGAGAAGAAGAUCCUGAACGAGAUGUUGGAAGUUGUAGAGCAGAGAGACUCUCUAGUGGCCCUGCUGGAGGAGCAGCGGCUCCGGGAAAAAGAGGAGGACAAGGACCUGGAGGCGGCCAUGCUGUCAAAGGGUUUCAGCCUGAACUGGUCCUGAGUUUGUGCCCAUUACACUGCUUGGAAUGUCAGCAUCCACCUGGCUAUGUUCUCCCAAACCACCUGGAUCUAAGGUCCAAGGAAGCCUGGCACUUCCUGGGAGUUUGCAUUCAGCCACCCACAUGCUCAUGUGCUAUGGUGAAACCCCAGGUGAUGAUGAUUAUGAGAUGACUCCGCCUCCUGAGAAGAGGCCCACCUGGACUUCCCACUCAAGAAAGAGGAGCAGAGCAAGAGAUGUAUGGUGCAGUGGGGGAACCCCGCACGGUCCCUGAGGACCUGUUGCCUGGUGCCCCUUCCUUCCGCCAGCAUGUUUGAUAAGAGAAGGGAGCUGCUCCUUCUCUUCAAAGACACCGCCACUACAGAGAGCACCCCGCAGAACAGGGAAGCUGCCUUCUUCAUGCUCCCUGAAGCACCACCAAAGAAAGAAAAAAACACCCCACAAGCAAGAUGUGGAUAGAGUAUGGGAGAGGGGCAGUGACCGGUCAGGGCAGUGACCACCCCAGCAUUGCAGGGGAAGCUGAGGGAUAGGCAGGCUCUGAGUUCAUUAUGCAAAUUAUGAGGAUGCAAGAGGGGUCUGUCCCCAGCCCCCACACAACACACUGGACUCCUAGUGGCCAAAUGCCCCAGGCCUCUCUCUGGCUGAGGCCCGAAGCCCAUGGAUUGCUGCAUUUUGCUUUUAGUUCACAACCAUUUUGACACUGGAAAGUACUAACUUUGGCGACAGGGGGACCCUACACAUCAAGCCCCCCAUUGACAGACAGGCAUUGUCACAAUUCAGCGCUUCACAGUGGGGCAAGAGAUUCCCUUCUUCCUUGGUGUUUUUUCCUGUGUUUGCACAUUGAAAUGAAGCUGAGGACCUGGCAAGAUGCUCAGCCACUUCUGAUCUUUUUUGUCAAUUAACUUAUUUUUUUAAUACUUGAAAAGAAGCAACUUCAUUUUUAUAUCUUUACUAAAGACACUGAUCACCUGGCACCUAUGUGUAGGGGUAACAGAGGUCUGCUAAGUCCUACACAGCCUGAUUCAAAACUGAACGCUUGUUAUAUGCAUCUAUUUAUUAGCCUUCUUCGUAGUGUUACUGAUCUGGUUGGCAUCAGGGAGCAGCUUGAGACCCUCUGGGUCCUUGCUCACAGCUUUUCUGUCCCCCUGUAACUGUGUCCAGCCCUCUCCUCCUCCACCGGCACCCUGCUCUUGCUGUGGCACUGGACUUUAACAUCAGAACCAUUAACUUGUCAAGGAUACAUUUCAGCACUGUCAGCAGUCAUGCUGAAAGGCAAAGAUGCCACGCAGGUCUCUCGCUGUUGGAAUGUUGGCUCUGUAGGACCCAUUGUUUUCUCAACCUUGGUGCCAGGGUUUAUGGCCCUCCACGCAUAUGUUAAAGAAGAUUUGGGGAUAAGCCCUCUUCUAGCUGGCUGAGAGGGUGUGAGUGGCUCCUGUGAUCUGUCUGGCUGAUAGGAAUUCCCUCAGCCUAGCUGAAGGUCCAGCCAGACAGGAAAACAUGUGCUGCUGCCAGUAUCAACAUUUAGGCUGGUCUCUCACAGACAGGCAACUGCAGCCCUGUCUUCCCUCCCCUGAAUUAGAAUCUUCUUGAGGUGGUAAGGGCUAAUAAGUACCAUGUAACUAGCUCUACAAGUCAAACUGUUCAUUUUUCAUGGUUCAACCAGAGAACAGGUGUGUAUAAUUCAUCAAGCCACUGACUAAGAAGGUCAAGGGCUGGGGAGUGCUUGCCUAUCAAAAGAAUUAGCACAUGGUCAUCCCAGGGAUGAUUCCAUCAGUGCCAGGCCAGUCUCGAAGGGGCUCUGCAGCUGAUUCCUUGUGGGAAGGGCCGGUGUAGAAUGAAUAGGCCUGGCAAUUCUUCAGAUGUCCGUGGGGCAGGACAGGCCAAGGGUCCAUACUGACCUUGGACUUCCCAUGGGAACCACACUGUGCCUCAACUCGAACAUUCAUUCUAACUACAAUGGAGCAAAGAAUCUGUCCUAUUCUUCAGUUUCUCUAAAAGCUGCCAUCUUUCUCCUGUGGAAAUCCAGAUGUGCUGCUAGCAACCAUCACAACUCUGACUUCUUCACUUCCUGGUUUCUAGUGAGGCAACAUCUCCAUUUUUAUUCUCUGUUCCUAAAAGUGGGGAGGAGGGUGUUCUAGAUUCCAUCUUCAUACCCCAAUCUUCCAGUAAAAUUGGACUUGGGACAGGACUGUCAUUGCCUUUGUGGCCUUUUACUAACCCUCUCUCUUGCCACCACAACAGUCAAGCCCCAGCAGAGCUGCCUCUGUCCCUGUCACUCCUGCUAAACCCAGAAGUAGGAAUUGGUUUCCAAAGUGACUCAAAAGGGAUGUGGCAGUAGAGCUGUGCUUCAAAUUGCCUCGUGCAGCAGAAACACCAGGUUCUCUUUUGCCUCUUGUUGCUGCCCAGUCCCAGCCAACUUUGGCAUCACUUCAUCCUUCAAAGCACAUGCUGCUCCUAUUGUCACUCAAAAGGGGGCUAAAGAUGGCAGAGAAGCCUCAACCAGCCUGUAAGAUGCCCCCCAGUUUUCUAUUCCUGACAGUGUUAAGGCUUCAGGUUCUCAUAGAGCACUUUAAAAAAUAAAAAAUUAAAAAAUUUUUAAAAAGCUCCCAGUUUGUAACCACUAGUUUGCAGUUGAUUUUAGUGAUCUGGUGACUUGCUACAUGAAAUGUUUUCCACUCUGGAAAUGCAUGCAGCUCCAAGCAGAUUUUCUUCCCAAGAAUUAAGUCUUCCCUUGAAGGCAGGGAAGCAGGGUAUGUAUACAUGCAGACACACACAAAAUGUCGGCGUUUAAUUGAAUAAACCUAUACAAGUUUAUGUAUAGUUGGGGAUCCAUGUUCAGCAUCCCUAGUGGGCAGAAGACGGCCCCUAACUCCCAAGUUUGAGGCUGGCCAGCAGCUGUGUGUGAGAUUCCAACCCCGUUAAUGUCUUUGGACCUUUGCCCCCAGCAGCCACUCUAAAGCUGAUUUUGACCAGCAAUGAUAGACUAUUCUUAACACUUUCAAAAGAGAAGAAUUUUUUCAAUGGAGCAGAAAGGAGGAAAGAGUUAAAACAAAUUUACAAGUUGAGGGUGUAGCUCAGUGGUAGAGUAUGCGCUUAGCAUGCACAAGGCCCUGGGUUCCAUUCCCAGCACUGCCAAGAAAAAAAAAAAAAAAGUUAAAAGGUGGUAAUAUCUGACCCACAAAGGGAAAUGGACUCUUUUAUGCGCAAUAAAAGUUUUUAAAAUAAA